GUGCAGUUUGCUCUAUAAAAUUAAUAAUUUUCCAUUAAUUCAGACGCUUAAUUAAGUUAAAGUUAAUUAUAAUGUGAAGUUAAAUAAAGGAUUUAUAGGAAUAAAUCAAAGAAUCGUCCUUAAAUAGACAAACUUAAUGUUAAAUUGAUGAAAAAGUAUUCGAGCAUUAUCACAACAAAAAUGUGUUGUGAAUAUCUUUAAUUAAGCUAUUCAAACAGCCACAGAUGCAAAUGAGAUAAAAGAAGCAUUAAUUAAUGAACAUAAAUUCGGAAAAUGGCCCGCGGUCCGAAGAAACAUUUGAAGCGCUUAGCAGCACCAAAAGCAUGGAUGUUGGACAAAUUGGGAGGUACUUUCGCUCCACGUCCUUCAACCGGUCCACACAAAUUGCGUGAAUCACUUCCUUUGGUAAUUUUCUUGCGUAAUCGCUUGAAGUAUGCUUUAACAAACACUGAAACUAAGAAAAUUGUCAUGCAACGCCACAUUAAAGUUGACGGCAAGGUCCGAACAGACAUUAAUUAUCCAGCUGGAUUCAUGGAUGUCGUCACCAUUGAAAAGACUGGUGAAUUCUUCCGUUUGAUCUAUGAUGUUAAGGGACGAUUCACUAUUCACCGUAUUACUGCUGAUGAAGCUAAAUACAAGUUGUGCAAGGUGAAGAAAGUCACAAUUGGACCCAAGAAGAUUCCAUAUUUAGUAACACACGACGGACGUACAAUUCGCUAUCCAGAUCCAACAUUAAAGGUUAACGAUACAGUUCAAUUGGAUAUUGCUACAUCAAAAAUCACAGACCAUAUUCGUUUUGAAUCAGGCAAUUUAGUCAUGAUCACAGGAGGUCGUAAUUUGGGUCGUGUCGGAACUGUCGUCAACAGAGAAAAACAUCCAGGAUCCUUCGAAAUUAUCCACGUGAAAGAUGCCAAUGGACACACAUUCGCCACACGUUUAACAAACGUUUUUACCAUCGGAAAGGGCGCUAAGGCAUUCAUCUCAUUACCAAAAGGUAAGGGUAUCAAACUUAGUGUUGCUGAAGAGCGUGACAAGAGAUUGGCCCAAAAGAGUGCACAUUAAGGAACACAUUCAUUAAUGUUAAAUUAAUAAGCAAGAAAAGAGCAAAUUUUGCAAAGGAAAUCUGCAAGAAAAAAUGUGAAAUAUUCCUCUUGAUUGAAAAAUAAAAAAUUGAGAAAAUUUGAUAAAAAUCACAAAUCCACUA